CUUAUGCUUCACUAGCUUGUAUCAGUUGUGAAGUAUUUGCAUUCUUAAAAGGUAAACGGAUAGUUGCAGAAUCACAGCGUUUAUUUCAACUGCUUAUUUAGUGAAAAGAUUGUAUCUUGUCUUGAAUUGAAGUUUUCAUGUUCAUUGUAUGAUAGCUUCACAUGGGGACUCCUAAACUAGAUUCAGAUAUGGAGGAUGCGGAGCCAAUGGAAGGUGAAGUUAGUAGGGAAUUUACUGAUUCCGAUUCCGACUCAGGGGAGGAAGAUGUACGAAAAUCGGCUAUUCCCUCUAAGGAUGCAGUCUACGAUCGAGAUGCUAUCAACGAUAAGCUUCGAGAAAUCAGCUGGCCAGAGAACUUAGGUUGGACACACAAACUCUCCCUUGACAUCAAUCAGGAGCAAGGCGUAGAUGUAAACGACGACCUUGCACGUGAGAUGGCAUUCUUCACACAGGCAUCGGAAGGGUCAAGGAGGGGGUUUGAACAGAAUGAAACAAUGGAGGACAAGAGGAACAUGGAGGAAUCAGAGGCGAGAAGGAAAGCUAGGGAUUCGAAGAGGCUAGCUAAAGAGGUUCAAGCUCAGAAGCAGAAGGAGAGGGCAGCACUGAAGAAGUCGGGGAUUGAGGCUGUUAAGAAGUGGAGGAAGCAGAGGCAGCAAAAUGGGUUUCCUGCUGCUGGUGGGAAGAAGAAUGGUGAUGAGAUUGGUUUGGAGUUUGGAGAUGGUGGGAAGACGUUUGCCAAGUCCAACAGGCAAAGACCAGGUGUAUCCCCAGGAGACAGGUCCGGGGGGAAGGGUAGAAUGAAAUCGCGGAAUGGCGCUGGUAAACCAGUGAAGAAAAUAGUGAAGAGGGUCCGAAAGGACUCGAAGUUUGGGUAUGGUGGAAGGAAAGGCAUGAAGAAGCAGAACACUGCUGAUGCCACUGAUGAUUUCAGGGGUUUCAGGAAAGCAGGUGGUGAUGCCGGGACUAAGAGGAGAAGGAAGCAAUGAUAUUGGAGAAAACCAAGUUACAACAAAGGCUGGAAAAUUGC